AGUGAUCGAGAGGAUGGCUGCGGUUGAAACAGAAGCGUUUGUGACUUUAGCGACAAAUGACGCAUACAGUAUAGGAUGUCUGACGUUAGGCCGCUCGUUGCGGCGAGUAAGGACAACUCGCAAAUUGGUCGUCAUGGUGACAUCGGGCGUGAGUCCGGCCAUGAGGAACCAGUUGCAUCAAGUGUUUGAUGUUGUAGAAUCUGUAAAUCUGUUGGAUAGCCAGGAUCCAAUCAACUUGCAGCUGUUGGGUCGACCUGACCUGAAUGUGACCUUCACCAAGCUUCACUGCUGGUGUCUGACACAGUUCAACAAAUGCGUCUUUUUAGAUGCAGACACAUUGGUUUUACAGAAUGUAGAUGAACUGUUUGACCGUGAAGAAUUAUCAGCAGCCCCAGAUGCUGGAUGGCCAGAUUGUUUCAAUUCCGGCGUUUUUGUCUUUCGGCCGUCACUUGAAACGUAUCAAUCUCUCCUUGAUUUUGCAGUCUCACAAGGCAGUUUCGAUGGAGGUGACCAGGGCUUACUCAACUCUUACUUCAGCGACUGGGCGACGCGUGACAUCUCCAAACACCUGCCCUUUAUUUAUAAUGUCGUCUCUCAGGCUUUCUAUAGUUACCUCCCUGCAUUUACAAAGUUUAAGGAUUCUGUGAAAAUAGUUCAUUUCAUUGGUGCGGUGAAGCCGUGGAAUCAUACAUACAACACGGUGACUCGCACCGUAACACCGCUUCCAGGCACCGGCCACAGCAAGGCCUUUCUUCAGCUCUGGUGGACAAUCUUCAUGGAGGAUAUUCAGGCCACUCUGGACCCACAACUGAACCCAUAUAUGACUUUAGAGCAGAGCACUGAUUUUGACGCCUUUCAUCCUUCAUAUUCAUCAUAUCAGACUGCGGGUACAAGCUGCCCACCCAGUGGGCAUGCCCCAAGGGACUCCUACUUUGUGGUGUACCCGUUUGCCCCACCGAAACUGGAAACUGUCUUUUACACCCCAUCUGUAACUUCAUCAACUAACAUGACCCUGUCCUCCUCACCUGGCGCAGGCGAGAUGAAUAGUUCUCCAGUCUCAGAACAAUCCAGUAACAAUUAUGCCCAUGAUACAGAUGUUGCAAGCACGUCCAAUGCAGAAACAUUUGAGCAGCCCACAGUCAUUGAAAUUCGUGAAGCUGAGAGCCAGCGUCCUUAUUUGCAUUUAGAAACGCACUAUAGUGAAGACCCUCUAACAAGUAUUACCCCUGAAAACCCUGCCCCGGAACUGUAUAGCGCGGAGGAGUUUGAGCGACUCGCCGACCGUCAGUCACAGCCUCCUACAAAGAACAAUGAGGAUGUGACUGAAAAGGAAAGUGGCGACACCGUGCAUGAUAUUCUGCAAAUUGCUAAUCAGAGUCUGCUAACUCUGUUUGGUUUAAUGAACCAAACUGAUUCGGGGGCAGUGAUAACAGGAGGCAUGGGCACCCUGCAAAUCUCCAGCGCAGCGGGAGGCGGGGCAUCAGUGGAACUCAAUGACUGGGAGCGAAAACUUGCCUGGGAGAAGGGACAGAUCGAUUACCUGGGCAGAGACUCUUUCGCCAAUAUUCAGAGAAAAUUGGAUGCUACCAUUCAUGCCGGUGCAGCUGAACCUGUCGUACAAGCGUCCCAGGCGCCCUUCCCUCGUGUCAGCCCUACGGCAGAAACCAACAGAACUGAUGCGGGAUCCGGUAAAGCUGUGUCAACCAUCAGUAUCUCCCCGAGCUCAAAACCACAGCCUUCCAUCAAUGUUCCGCAACCGAAAGCGGUGAAAACCUCAAUCAAGUUAACCUCUAAAGCUGCACCCAAGUAGUGCCUGCUCGAACAUUAUGGUUUUGACUGGCAUUGGUGGAGAUUUCCUGCGCAUCUUUGCCAAAGGCACUGUGCACUGGAGUAGUUGACCUAGCUAUAAUUUUCUUCGCAUUAGUUACUGUGUGUGUAAAUGAGGAGUUGUGUCCCCUGGUUUAGCAGAACUCCACAGUUUAACUGCAGCUGGUUUUGAUCUAAUGGUAUUUGUAGAGAGAUCUGGCAUCUCCAUGUUGUGACCUCAGUGGUCCCGUGUUUAAUGAUAAUAAAGGCUUUGCAUGUUCUGUCAACUUUAAUGGGAAAACAGACUGGCAGCCAUGUUGGAAGGAUAUGAUAUCAUGGCGUGGUAUCUAAGCUGUACUCCAACAUGGCUGACAAAAUAGUUCCUACAUGUAAAAACCCUCUAACCAUUAAGCAAGCAUAAACUACAUCUAUUUCAGGGAUGUACGUCACAUAAAAACUGUUGUAAAGCAUGAGACACUGCAAGCAAGUGUUGUGAAUUUGCUUUAUAUUUUAGGAAGCUGUAUCAAAGCGGGAACUAUUGCUUAUCUUUAGCAUAGAAAUUAUUGUGCAAGUAAUUUUCGUGGGGAAAAUUUUACUACCUUGAGAGAAGUUAAGGAACUUGUAUUUGUUAGUGAACUUGAAACUUCAUAUGCCUUAUGAAUCAUGCACCAGGGCUGGAACAUAACUUAUACACAGACAGAAGGGUUGAUUUUUAAACAGGUCAAAAUGGGGAAAAUUCCAUGUUCUAAUUACUGCACAGGGGGAACUUUAAAACGUAUACAGCGUACAGUAUGUCAUCCUAGUAUAAUGUUGGUACAUGUAUACCUUCUGCAUGGAUGUGUGGUUAACUCUGUGGAUGUUGCUUGAUGUGUAGAGCGGAUGCAAUUUAACAUGCCUACAGUGUAGCAAGUAGCUGAGCCUGAAAAUGGAGGCAAAAUUAUGAUAGCCAUGAACAAACUUUACUUUUUGACUCCUGUUGCUUAUUUGAAAGAGAAACAGAAUUUACACUGUUUAACUGCUGUAGUGUAGAUAAGAGUUCAGAGUUCAUUGAAGCCUGACCAGGACAGAUGCUGUGAAUAAGAUAAUACCUUUCUCCCUUAGCAGCCAGUCGACAUGGAUUGUGUAAGACAUGGAUUGUAAAAGAGAUUCACAUUUUUCUAAAAUGUCAUGUAGCUUUUGUGUGGCUAUUUUUUUUUAAUGUAUGUGUCAAGCCCUAUUGUGAACAAUCAUAGAAGCCCAAAUCUAUCUGUUAGCAUUUACUGGAAUAUUUCUGCAUAUUUUCACAUAUUUGUAUCGUGAAUGCAAUUGUCAUAUCUAAUAUGCUGCUGAAAUAUUAGAACUGGUCCGUUUUUUAACAUGACUGUAUCUUUGUCUAUUUGGAUAUUUUUUAGCAUAAUUUAAGAAUUGAUAUCACUUUGUUCAUGCCUGAGAUUUACUGGGACAUUCACUGGAUAGUCAAUAUACCUAUUGUCCAACAGUUUCUGGUCUAGACUGUUAUGCUGCACAUGCCUGUGGCUCAUGCUAAACACAUAUAAUAUCAUUUACUGGGACAUUCACUGGAUAGUCAACAUACCUAUUGUCUAACAGUUUCUGGUCUAGACCGUUAUGAUGCACAUGCCUGUGGCUCAUGCUAAACACAUGUAAUAUCAUUUACUGGGACAUUCACUGGAUAGUCAACAUACCUAUUGUCCAACAGUUUCUGGUCUAGACCGUUAUGCUGCACAUGCCUGUGGCUCAUGCUAAACACAUGUAAUAUCAUUUAUUGGGACAUUCACUGGAUAGUCAACAUACCUAAUGUCCAACAGUUUCUGGUCUAGACUGUUAUGCUGCACAUGCCUGUGGCUCAUGCUAAACACAUGUAAUAUCAUUUACUGGAACAUUCACUGGAUAGUCAAAAUACCUAUUGGCCAACAGUUUCUGGUCUAGACUGUUAUGCUGCACGUGCCUGUGGCUCAUGCUAAACACAUGUAAUAUCAUUUACUGGGACAUUCACUGGAUAGUCAACAUACCUAUUGUCCAAUAGUUUCUGGUCUAGACUGUUAUGCUGCACUUGCCUGUGGCUCAUGCUAAACACAUAUAAUAUCAUUUACUGGGACAUUCACUGGAUAGUCAACAUACCUAUUGUCCAACAGUUUCUGGUCUAGACUGUUAUGCUGCACUUGCCUGUGGCUCAUGCUAAACACAUGUAAUAUCAUUUACUGGGACAUUCACUGGAUAGUCAACAUACCUAUUGUCCAACAGUUUCUGGUCUAGAUCGUUAUGCUGCACUUGCCUGUGGCUCAUGAUAAACACAUGUAAUAUCAUUUACUGGGACAUUCACUGAAUAGUCAACAUACCUAUUGUCCAGCAGUUUCUGGUCUAGACUGUUAUGCUGCACGUGCCUGUGGCUCAUGCUAAACACAUGUAAUAUCAUGCAGAGAAUUUAUCCAUAAUAAGUCUGUGUUUAUACAUACAAACAAUGUACCUCUAUAUAGUGUGAAUAUCGCUCGCAUAUCAAGGUAGCGGAACACAAUAUACAUGUAUGCCAUUACACAUUGUAUCAGAGCAGAGUAGCACAGUUAUGGUCGCAACACAGGCAGUGUCAGCUGAACGUGGUCUUGUACAUUGUACAUGUAUCGAUUGUCUGAAGUAAGAAAUAAUCAGCCAGCCACGAAGGCUAAUUUAUUUACGGGGUUCCUCAUCAGACACCUUAAUACCAAAGCGGUCGCUGACUUGUGUAUAGGCACUCUAGUUUGGCUGUGGCUUUCAGUCAGGUGCUAUGUUAGGCACAUGUACUUGGACACAGACAGGUGUUAAUUACCUCCAGUUUCCCUCACCUAUAAACAUAACUCUGGUGUACAUCGUCUAGUAGUAUACCAAUUAUAUACAUGUAAAUAGCUGAACUGUGGCGCUUUAUCACCCAAUAGGUGAGAUGAUAGCAUGUUUUUUUGUGGGAAAUAAUUUCAGUUAAUGCAUUUCGUCUAAAGCUUGGUAUGUAAGAUGAAUUGUCAGAACAUGAAGGCCCUAAAAUCAUAUUUUGAUACCAAGACUAAACUUUUCCUGAUAAAAAGUUACGAUUAAACAUAACAAAAAAAAUCCCUUCAGUGGGUCUAUAAAGUGGAUGAAUCAAUCAGAAUCAAGGAGAGGAGAACCACAGUAUGUGCCAAGCCCAUUAUUUCUGUACAUGUAUGUUGUCAACUGUAUUCUUUUUAUCAUUGUACACUCUGUACAUUAUCUUAGUGUUUGACUUGUCUUCAAUUUAGUGCUUUACUUUUAAUCAUUUUAUUUUCACCGUAUAAAUAAAUGUUUUGUUAUGUUUUUGAAAGGAAAGAAUGAGUUAAUACUUUUAAUUUAACCUUCAGUUCCAUGGAUUGGUGCGUAUGUACAUGAAAAUAUUUUGAUGGUUUCUGAAUAACCAAUGCAGUUCGUGUAGGUCUAAGAAAAAACAAGGGGAGACGACUGCAUGUGAACAUGACUGUCACCUCAGACACACUCAAGAGUUUUUUUUAUUACUUGAAAGAAAAAGGCAUGUCAUCACAUGUAUGUGUCUCUUGGUACUACAACCACAUUUCUGCAGCAAGUGUAGUCAGAAUUACAGAAAUAUGUUCAUUCUGUAGAUAUUGCACUACCAAUACAGUACAUGUAGCAUUUCAUUCAGGAUGCAUGUAAUAAUGGGAUGUAAUGAUGGGAUGUAAUAAGUACCUACAUGUAUUUUCAUUAUUACAAAAGAAGUUAUGCGUGCACGGUAGGCCAACUCUAAUUUUCAAAUCUUAACUCGCAAACAGGUAAUACUUGGUUUCUUUCUAAAUAGUUCAAAUGGUGUCUUUGCCUGUAACUUGGAGAAUUGUUAAAGACAGCAAAUAAUAAUAGUAACUGGUAUUAUUUUAGUAUGCUCAUUUUCCGGUGAAAUGUACAUGAUAGAUAUUUAGAUGUUUACUACGAAUGUGUAUGUGGUUGCAGUGUCAUAGUUAUGUUUAGAGGAAUGUCCAGUGACUGUGUCAUACAAUAUAAACACCUCACGAUGCACUGUUAUGUUGUUGUUUGUGGAAAGGAAUGUCCAUUGACAGAUCAUAACACACUGUUGUCAUGGUGUUUGUGCACAGGAAUGUCCAGUGACAGCUCCUGACACACUGUUAUCUUGGUGUUUGUACACAAGAUCCAGGGACACCUCAUGACACUGUUGUCAUGGUGUCUGUACACAAGAUCCAGGGACACCAAAUAAUACACUGUUACAUUGGUGUUUGUGGAAAGGAAUGUCCAGUGACAGCUCCUGACACACUGUUAUCUUGGUGUUUGUACACAAGAUCCAGGGACACCUCAUGACACUGUUGUCAUGGUGUCUGUACACAAGAUCCAGGGACACCAAAUAAUACACUGGUACAUUAAUGUUUGUGCACAGGAAUGUUCAGUGACAACUCCUGACACACUGUUAUCAUGGUGUUUGUACACAAGGGCCAGGUACACCUCAUGAUAUACUGUUGCACUGGUGUUUGUGGACACGAAUGUCCAAUGACAGCUCCUGACACACUGUUAUCAUGGUGUUUGUACACAAGGGCCAGGUACACCUCAUGAUAUACUGUUGCACUGGUGUUUGUGGACACGAAUGUCCAAUGACAGCUCCUGACACACUGUUAUCAUGGUGUCUGUACACAAGAUCCAGAGACACCACUUGAUACACUGUUGUCAUGAUGUUUGUGGACAGGAAUGUUGAAUGACACCUGAUGAUACACGUUUAUCAUGGUGUUUGUGGAAAGGAAUGUCCAGUUAUAGCGUAUGUAAAGAGUGGGUGAGCUUGAAUAUGUGUAUUAGCAUUCUUUAGUGUGGAAGAAUUUAGAGCAGGUGGGAUACAGAUAUUCAGAUAUUCUUGGGAUCCAUAUUUGUAAGCAAUGCAAUCCAAUUUGAUGUGAGAAGAUUCACAUGCUAACUUCAAUAGAUGUCCAGAAUUUAUUGUUUAUAUACAUGUAUUAAUAUCAUGUACACAUUUAAUGCAAUUUAUAAAACACAGUAAAUAUUGUUGGGGAGGAAUAGGUUAUACCUUGUCCGUAACCUUAUCAGUAUUUGGUAUAAUUUUUAUUACAUUGUAGUGCACUCUACAACUGGAUAUAUCAUGGGAAGUUGUUACAGUAAUGUCUGCUGACUGAAUUGUCAGUUGUUACAGUGAUGUCUGUUAACUGAAUUGUCAGUUGUACAUCAUUUGUUACAGUGAUGUCUGUCCACAGAAUUGUCAGUUGUACUGGUUGUUACAGUGUCUGCAAACUGAAUUGUCAGUUGUUACAAUGAUG